CAUACCGUACGUUCAACAGCUGACUAGUGAGAUCUAUACGAAGCUAUCCAACCGUUACCACACCUAACGUGAUACUAAAUAUAUCCCAAUAACCAACAGACGAGAAAAAAUCAACAUGUCGGACGUACUAUCAUUCGGGAAUCCUGUUUUUCAACAAUUUGCAUUUUAUUCAGGGCUUGUUAUUGGUAAAACUCUGUUAAUGGGACCAAUAACGUCUUUCUUCAGACUCAGCCAUGAUAGCUUCCCCAAUGAAGAAGACUGUAAACUGAGUAAAGAUAAAUCAUUAAAACCCAGAUUUGAUGAUCCGACGAUCGAACGAAUAAGAAGAUGUCAUCAAAAUGACGUGGAGAAUGUUGUACCGUUUGUUUUAUUUGGCUUAUUCUACGUCGCUACAGAACCAUAUCCAGAAGUUGCUAGCAUUUUAUUCAGGACAUUUGCAGCCUCCCGGUUUCUACACACCGCAUGUUACAUGGUGCCUCUACCACAACCGUCCAGAUUUGUGUGUUUCUUAACCGGUGUGGGCGUCACUGGAGCCAUGGCUUUCAGGGUUUUUAUGACGUCAUCGAUGUAAUUUGAACAUUUACGAUCAAACUUAUUAACACUCUAACCCUGACUUUAUUUUCUGCGAUAUCACUACUGUGGAAGCAGAUGUUAAACCAACAACUAUUACUACAAACUAUUUUAGGAAUGUAAUGUGUCAUUGUGUCUUCCAUGUACAAUACAGAUCUAUAUUUCGUUUCGUUUUUUUAUACUUUUCAUGGCCUACACUACACGAAGAUCUGACAAGUUGUACUCGAAGGUCGUGUCAGGCAUCUACUACGGCUUUUGACGUCAGAAAUUGAUUAAUCAAUCAGCGUUGGCGUUUCUAGUGGUUUACCCACAGUUCCGUGCGUAGCAAUCGCCGUAACUGACUGUUUCAUUGGCUUAUUCCCCACUUCAACAAAAACGCCGGUAAUAUAACAAUUCUUCCAGAUCCUAGUGUAGUAAAGACAAGUAAAACGAAAUUUUGAACUAUAAAAAACGAAACGAAAUAGGAUCUGUGUUUUAAUCAGAUUUCCAUGUAAAUCAACUAAUUAAACUUGUGAACAUUUUUCAACUUACAGUACAGAAAAUUAAGAGUUAAAACCCAUUUUAUUUCGACUUCUUAUUUGUAAAAUUUCGGAUGUUGAUUCGGAUGCCGCCACGAGCGUUGUACGAACCACAAUGCCUUGAAAUUACUUUGUUCGUGUAUAUCGGCUCUGUAACGGGGUUAGUAGAAGACGAUAACUUUCUGUAACAUCAACUAGCUGAACAAAAACAAAGUAUAAUUAUUCGAAUGAAAGCGUGGUUAACUGGAUGUACCUGAAGCAACGACCGCGAGUUUUACAACAUUAGCCGUUGCUAGAUUAGUCAGAAAUUCCCGAACUUAUAGGUACGUUAUCUUCCUUUACCAGAGACACGCGAACAAUAGCGUUGUCCAUUCAGAGGUCGUGACACAAACACACUCAAAUCAAUCAUGGUCGUUCCACGAAACCUUGACAUUGAACGAACCUUGAACGUUGCAACUCGAUUAUCACGGGUACACAUUUCAUUUGGAAAGCGCAAGACUUGGUUAUUCGCGAUGAUAUUUUUUAUCGGGGAAUCUCAGGGGUCCCCAGCUGAGUCAGUGUCCAAUCGAAAUUUGUGACGAUAUAUGCAGGGCAUUACGUGACGGGCUUGUUAAGGUGUACGGAGUUAAAGGGAGACCAAGCCGUCUAUUGAAGAUAAGUCAACUGAUAUUUUUGAAGCAAGUGGCAAUGCGCUUUAUUAAGUCGGAAAUAAAGAGUCUGUCGCGAUUUCGACAUAAACGACAUUUAUAGAUGUUUUGUCGUAAAUUUUAAAAAUGCACAACUUUAUAGCAAACUUGUUCGAUAAACAAUACCCAGUAAGAGUAUUAAAACCAAACUUGAAAGAAGAAGUACGUACAUGUAAAUACACUUCAAUAAUCAGCGUGACCGCGAUAAUAUAUUAUACAUGUACAUUGAUUGGAAUGAAACUAUGGUCAACUAAAAUUUUUGGCGGGAUAGGUAAUGGUAAUUCCGCUUUAAUAAGUCGAAAAUGAAAAGUCUGUCGCGACUUCGACAUUUAUAUAUGUUUGUUAUUAACAAAACACAAUUUCAUAGAUAUUGCUUGACAACAUUGUUUGAUAAAAUACCUGAACAAGUUCUGAAUCUAAAUGUCAUUUAUAUAUAUGUUUGAUGUUAUUUAAUAUUUUUAUUUACAUAAAAGGUUGUAAAACAGUAACAUAAGUAAAUUGAUUAAAGAUUUCAACUCAUAAAAUCUGUUAG